CUGGCAGCCACAUCCAGGAGACCGUGUCAUGAAAAAGGAACACUAUCUAUCAUCGGCUAGCGCAGCGUUCACCAGCAAGUUAGCGCCAAAGUACUCAGGACCAUACACAGUAACAUCCGUGAUAUCGCCAGUAAUCGUAAAACUGAAAUUUGCCGACAGCAACAGCCGUAAGCAGAUAACGGCGCAUGUGAAAGAUUUAAAGCCAUGGGUGGGGGAAGACGUCUCGACAGAAAUCCCAUCCCCACCAAAGGAAAUCACUAUAUAAGCAGCAAUAUUAGCAUUCAGAAUUUAGUUCGUCCACAUCCACCAUGGAAGAUAUUCUAGAAAUUCCUGAACAGAUGACCCCCCUAGGAACGCCAGAGAGACCCGGUCUGCCCGUGACACCAGGGAAAGACGCGGAACGGAUGUUAAAGAGAUUCCACGAACUAUUUGGAACGCCGCCAUCCCCGCCAAGGAAGCAGAGUGUCCUCGAAUCCCCGGCGGCCCCAGAUACACCAACGGGGCUCGAAGCCCAAGCCGCAUCCACUCCAGGAGAACCUCAAACCGCAGAAUACUCUGACCUAUUGGAAGUCGUCCCAAAGCGACUAAUUGAAGGAGGGACCAAAAGAUACAGAAUUUCAUGCAAUAACGGGAGAAAAAUUGUAAUAAAGAUACCACGAGGGAUAGAUGGAAUCAAACGACUAUAGACGCCAAAAAAAAAAAAGACGCCCAUCCGGAGGAAGACUUCGCUGGAACGGGAUAAAAUAUCAAAUUAUUAUUUUGCGUUAUAUUGUUAUAAUUUAGAGUUAAUAAAUUUGCUUUGUUUUCAA